AUUGAGUCAAUGGAUGGAGAAAAUGACUCUGUGGUAUCUGAAUUUAUAUUGAUUGGAUUUUCAACCUCAUGGGAGAUGCAUCUUUUUCUCUUUUGGUUCUUCACUGUGUUCUACAUGGGAAUCAUCCUAGGAAACCUUCUCAUUCUGUUCACAGUAAUUAUUGACUCUCACUUACACUCCCCCAUGUAUUUCCUACUAGCCAACCUCUCUCUUUUUGAUCUAGGACUUUCCUCCACCACAGUGCCCAAAUUGAUCUCUGAUCUUUUCACUAACUGCAGCAUCAUUUCUUUUCCAAAAUGUAUGAUACAGAUAUUUUUUAUCCAUGUUGUGGGUGGAGCUGAGAUGGUGCUACUCAUAGCCAUGGCAUAUGACAGGUACACAGCCAUCUGCAAGCCUCUCCACUAUAUGACCAUCAUGAGCCCCAGAAUGUGUGUUUCCUUUGUAGUAGCUGCAUGGAUAGUGGGGAUAAUCCAUGCUGUAUCUCAGUUCUUUGUUGUCAUAGACUUGCCUUUUUGUGGCCCCAAUAAAGUAGAUAGUUUUUAUUGCGAUUUUCCUCGAGUUAUGAAACUUGCUUGUGUAGACACUUACAAACUAGAGUUUGUAAUCAUUGCUAACAGUGGGCUAAUAUCCAUGGUAACUUUCUUCUCCUUAAUUAUAUCCUACAUCUUCAUUCUGGUCACUGUCUGGAAACGUUCCUCGGGGGAUUUAUCCAAAGCGUUUGUCACAUUGUCAGCUCACAUCACUGUGGUCAUUUUGGUUUUUAUGCCUUGUAUGUUUCUCUAUAUCUGGCCUUUCCCUACCACACCACUGGAUAAGUAUUUGUUCAUUUUUGACUUUGCUAUCACACCUCUCUUGAACCCUGCCAUUUAUACCUUAAGAAACAAAGAUAUGAUAGUGGCCAUGAGGAGACUGGGCAAAAGAAUUGUGAGUUCUAGCAGUACUGCAUAA